AUAUGCAUUGGCUUUAUCCAAAUUUAAACAAUUUGUUUGAUUUUAAAAAUUACUUUAUUCGAUUGAAGUCGUUAAGAUGUUGAAAUCAGAAACACAGCUGCCUCCAAUCAUAGAAUCUGAUAAUACAACAAGUGUAGAAGUCAUAUCGUUGGAUAGAAAAUUGUCUACAGCAUUCUGCAAAAUAUGCUAUUCUGGAGGAAGUUGUGAACAAUUAAUACACCCUUGUUUUUGUAAAGGAUCGGUUGGUAAUAUACACCUAACAUGUUUAGAGAGAUGGAUCAACGAAUGUGGUAUCGAUCGGUGUGAGCUAUGUCUUUUUCAAUUCACGUCUGACCAGACACGCCGAUACACAGUUUGGCAAUCAUUAGUGAUAUGGACAAGGAACCCAGUCCAUAGAAGCUUACUAAUUUCAGACUCUAUUGUCAUGGUUGUUCUAACGAUCGUGAUGGCUUGUCUAAUUACAUCUGUGGUGAUGGGCAUGACUGUAUUUAGUACUUCUAAGACUGACAGGUAACGGAUCUGUGUUCACAACAUUAUACAAGUGUGUACAUAAUUUAAGAAAUUGUAUAUAAUUAAUAUUUUCUGAAGUAGGUCUAAGUACCUAUAUAAGUGAAUUGAUAGGUAGCU